AUGAUCUUUCUCAAAACAGUCUAUACAGUUCUUUUUGCUUGGUUGAUUUUCCGUGUGGUUCGUUUCACAAAUGAAGAUCGUAAGACAUUAUUUUACUCGUCUACAAACAUUCUAACUUCUCCUUGUUAUUCUCAAGCCCGUCGUAUGAGAAAAGAUUCGACGUCACUAUCUAUUCUUCGAACUGUUCGAAAUGCAUCUGCCUUACUACAAAGAUCGUCUUUACUACUAAUGUUGGUCCUCUUGGCAAACGACGAGCAACUAAAUCCAGGUCCUUCCAAUCCCAUUCCUGCUAAGCCGUGUAAAACUAAUCCUAGCGAUCUUAAAGUCCUUUACUUAAACGCCCGAAGUUUGAAGUCUUUCGUCCCUGCUGACAAUGACACUUCAAAUAAAGUUUGCAAAAUAACCUUACUGCAGGAGUUGGUUCACAGUGGUGAAUAUGAAGUUGUCUGUAUUUGGGAAACUUGGUUGAACAGUACGAUCCUUGAUACGGAACUGCUCCCGGGUUUCAAUAUUUUUCGUCGGGACAGGACGGGGAGAAUUGGCGGUGGAGUUCUAAUCGCGAUUAAAGAAAACUACAUGCUACUCUGCGUUGUGACCUCGAAAGAGAUGGCAUUGAACUUGCUGUAG